CACCCACCCCACCGCCGCCGGGCGGGAGGAGAGGGAAGGGGACGGAAAGGAGCUCCCUCGGAGGCCCGUUCGCGGCCCGGCCUCGCUCCUCCGGGCCCUUACGGCUCGGCGCCAUCCCGUUUGACCGCACCAACGUGGCGGCCGGGCCGUGGCUGCGCAUGCGCCGGCGGCGGAAGCGGCGCGGCCGCCAUCUCUAGCGGCGGCGGCGGAGCCGGGCCCGAUGCCGGCGGAGAAGAUGGCGGUGGACGGGCCCGAGCAGAUGGAGAUGGAUGAGGGCAAAGGCGGCACCGGGCUGCGGCAGUACUACCUGUCCAAGAUCGAGGAGCUGCAGCUCAUUGUGAACGAGAAGAGCCAGAACCUGCGGCGCCUGCAAGCGCAGAGGAACGAGCUGAACGCCAAGGUGCGCCUGCUGCGGGAGGAGCUGCAGCUGCUGCAGGAGCAGGGCUCCUACGUGGGUGAGGUGGUGAGAGCCAUGGACAAGAAGAAAGUGCUUGUCAAGGUGCACCCAGAGGGGAAGUUUGUGGUGGAUGUGGACAAGAACAUCGACAUUAAUGAUGUGACCCCCAACUGCCGCGUGGCCCUUCGCAACGACAGCUACACCCUGCACAAGAUCCUGCCCAACAAAGUGGACCCUCUGGUGUCCCUCAUGAUGGUGGAGAAGGUCCCAGAUUCCACUUAUGAGAUGAUUGGAGGUUUGGACAAGCAGAUCAAGGAGAUCAAGGAAGUGAUUGAGCUGCCUGUCAAGCACCCCGAGCUCUUCGAGGCGCUGGGGAUCGCCCAGCCCAAGGGGGUGCUGCUCUACGGCCCCCCAGGCACAGGCAAGACCUUGCUGGCCAGGGCUGUGGCUCAUCACACCGACUGCACCUUCAUCCGCGUGUCGGGCUCCGAGCUGGUGCAGAAGUUCAUCGGGGAAGGUGCCCGCAUGGUGCGGGAGCUGUUCGUCAUGGCUCGGGAACACGCUCCCUCCAUCAUCUUCAUGGAUGAGAUCGACUCCAUCGGCUCGUCGCGCCUGGAGGGCGGCUCCGGCGGGGACAGCGAGGUGCAGCGCACCAUGCUCGAGCUCCUCAACCAGCUCGACGGCUUCGAGGCCACCAAGAACAUCAAGGUGAUCAUGGCCACCAACCGCAUCGACAUCCUGGACUCGGCUCUGCUGCGCCCCGGCCGCAUCGACAGGAAGAUCGAGUUCCCCCCUCCCAACGAGGAGGCUCGCCUGGACAUCCUCAAGAUCCACUCGCGGAAGAUGAACCUGACGCGCGGCAUCAACCUGCGCAAGAUCGCGGAGCUCAUGCCCGGCGCCUCGGGGGCUGAGGUCAAGGGGGUGUGCACGGAAGCUGGCAUGUACGCCCUGAGGGAGCGGCGGGUGCACGUCACGCAAGAAGACUUUGAAAUGGCUGUAGCCAAGGUGAUGCAGAAGGACAGUGAGAAGAACAUGUCCAUCAAGAAGCUGUGGAAGUAAGGGUGAGGCUGGGGCUUCUCCUCGGGUUGUGCUGCCUCCAAUAAAGUGCUGCCCUGGCCACACUUGGGACAUGAUUUGGGGGAAGGGAGGGGCUGCAGCCCCCCAGCACACACACACACACAAAGAAGCUGCUGCUAACUGGUUUUAUUAGAAAAUAUCCAAAAUAGACCCAAAAAACCAAAGGUUACAGGAGAGGCAGAGCAGGUACCCCUGAGCCAUACACCCUGGAAUAUGUAAACGCCCCCUCUCCCCUCCCAGCUGCUCUGCCCCGAGGAGCCUCUGGGGUUAAGGCACUUCAAGGGGGGACUGGCACCAUCCCUUCAGCCCCAGCACCGUGCUCCCCCUCUUCCCCAGUAGCUCCAGUUCUCUCCCUGCACCCCCCCACGGCUGUGGCUCAUUGCCCUGCUGUCCUCAGUGCCCCCAGGGACAGAGCUUCUCCCCCUCCCCAGAGCUCACAAGAUGAGUUGUUAAUGAUGUCAAGGAAUGGGGGAGGGAGGGAGAGUAAUCAACUGAUUGUCAACAACUUUCACCCUAAACACCUUGCUUAGCUAUAAACAAGAAGCUUGGGCUGAGCCAGCCCUUGUGAGCCCACCCUGAAGCAACUGCAUGGCUGGAGGCCAUGAGUGCAGCAGGAGAGGAACUCAAUAUAUUAACUGUACAAAA